UUUGGAUUAGUAUUUGGGGGGGAAGGAGAAGGAUAGUAGUAGUGUGGUAUUUGCAGCGGAAACAGAGCAGAAGAAUGACUAGGUGUGACCAUAAGAAGAAUUUUGGAAACGAAACCUCGUAAAGGCUUCUCACUAACAAACAAUGGCGGCUGAGGCUGAGCUUCCGGAGUACUUAAAGUGUCCGAUUUCCCUGGAAAUUAUGUCCGACCCCGUCAUCCUCUCUUCCGGCCACACCUUCGACCGCUCCUCCAUCCAGCGCUGGCUCGACGCCGGCCAUCGCACCUGCCCAAUUACCAAACUGCCCCUCCCGGAACACUCUUCUCUCAUCCCCAACCACGCCCUCCGAAGCUUAAUCUCCAACUACGCCCCCAUCAACCCUCUCAUCAAUAGUAGCAAUUCACACCCUCAAACCCUAAUCUCCACCCUCACCUCUCCCUCCUCUCCUCUCCCCUCCAAACUCCACGCGCUCCACCACCUCACGCGCCUCUCCCACUCCGACUCCCUCUUCCGCCGCCGCCUCUUCAACUCCCCCGCCCUCGUCCCCGCCCUCCUAACCUUCCUCCAACACAUCUCCGCCGCCGACCUCCGCCACCGCGCCCUCUCCCUGCUCCUCCACCUCUCCCUGGACGACGACGCCAAGGUCGGCCUCGUCGCCGAGGGCCUCCUCUCCCCUUUAAUCUCUCUCCUCCUCUCCUCCGCCGCCCCCUCCGACUGCCGCGCCCUCGCCGCCACCCUCCUCACCAGCCUCGCCGUCCUCCACGUCAACAAGGCCACCAUCGGAGCCUUCCCGGGCUCCAUCAAUGCCCUCGUGACACUCCUCCGCGACGGGAAGGGAAGGGAAAGAAAAGAAGCCGCCACGGCGCUCUACGCCCUCUGCUCCUUCCCUGAUAACCGGCGUAAAGCGGUGGAGUGCGGCGCCGUUCCCGUUCUGUUUCGGUGUGCCGAUUCUGGACUUGAGAGGAGCGUUGAGGUUAUUGGGGUUUUGUCAAAAUCCAAAGAGGGGAGGGAGCAGAUGGAACGGUUUUGCGGGUGUGUGCAGAUUCUUACGCGCGUUUUCAGGAAUGGAAGCUCCAGGGGAGUUCAGUAUGCUCUUAUGGCUCUUUAUUCACUCUGUUGUCACAGUCAAGAAACUGUUGUCGAGGCUUUAAAAAACGGGGUUUUGGAAAUAUGUCAAGGGUUGGUGGAGGAUGAUAAUGUUACGGUCAGAAGGAAUUCCUCGUGUUUGGUUCAGCUUCUCCGUGGGAACACCCAUCGCUUGAGUUGAGUUCAGUUUGGAAUUUGGAUAUCACUUCGAUUCAUUCUACAAUAACAAAACCAAUCCAACACUCAUCUUGCUUCCACUUUAUGUAUUCAAAAUCAUCUUUAAUUGGAUAUGGAAUGGAGAAGGGUCAGUUUUGACCUCCUCUGUGGAGGUCAGGUGAGUUUUCCCCUUUUUUGUAAAAUUCUAUAUUGAUGGGUAGCUACCUGACCUCCUGUACAAAAUGACAGAUCCUUUUUUUUUUUUUUUCUUGUAUCAUAUAGAUAUAGGGUUCUUUUGUAUGUUGUACAUUGGAAAAAAAAUAAUUUGAUGGGAUAGCUUUCUCUUGUUCAUCCUUUGGAAAUUCCAAUUGGACUGUUAUGCUUCCUUCC